AUGUCGUUCAAAGAGAAGGACCUUGAAGCUGAGCGAAACGAGCAUAUCUCGUUCGAUGAGAAGAGCGAUCGCGGUAAAGAUGGCCGCAUCAACAUUGAGGAUGUUGUCGAUCAAUCAAAUGAUACAUCAGGACAAGCAUCGUCGCCCUUCGAAAAGGAUGACAAGGAAACCCGUCGCAUUAUCCGAAAGAUAGAUCUCAGACUCCUGCCAACACUUGCUGUCAUCUAUGCCUUUGCACUUAUCGACCGCGUUAAUCUUCCAAAUGCGCGCAUAGCAGGCAUGGAUGAGGACCUAGGCCUCUCUAUCGGCUCACGUUAUUCGAUCCUCACGAUGAUCUUCUUCAUCCCUUACAUCAUCUUCCAGUUCCCGGCCAACAUCAUCAUCAGAAAACUUGGUCCCGCCGUAUGGCUACCUUCUCUAGUCAUCUGCUGGGGGGCUGUCACGAUUGGCAUAGGUUUUACGAAUGAUUGGACGCAGGCACUAGGCUGCAGAAUCAUCCUCGGCGUCCUGGAAGCAGGGUAUUAUCCAGGUUGUGUCUUCCUGCUAAGCUGUUGGUACGUGAGAUUUGAGGUACAGAAGAGGUUCAGUGGAUUCUAUCUGCUAGCCCUUCUUGCAAGUGGUUUCUCGAAUAUCCUUGCUUGGGGACUAAGCGAGAUGAGAGGCCUUGGAGGUCUAAACGGAUGGCAAUGGAUAUUCGCUAUAGAGGGCGCCAUCACUGUCCUACUCGGCUUCAUGGGUUUCGUAACAAUAAUCGACUUUCCCGAUAAAGCCAGCCAGCCUAGCCCAAUAACAAAGCGCCCUUUCUUAACCUCUGCGGAAGCCAACAUAAUUCUUGCCCGUAUUCAACGCGAUCGCGGUGAUGCCGUCGCCGAUAAGCUUACCUGGUCAACCAUCUCAACGCAUCUCCGCGAUUGGAAGAUCUGGGAGUUUGCCUGGCUCUACUUCCUCAACAACGUCGUCGCAUACAGCUGGGGGUAUUUCUUACCCAUCAUUCUACGCAACGACAUGAAAUACUCCGUCGCUAUGAGUCAGAUCCUGUCUUUCCCGCCAUACGUGCUGGCUGCAGCUUGGAUGUUCGCCACAGCAUGGGUUGCCGACCGGUACAGGAUGCGUGGUGCAAUCAUUAUAUUCAACUGUGCAUGGGCUGUCUUGGGAGUAUGCAUGAUGGCAUUCCUCAGCAACGCUCGUGCAAGAUAUGCCGGAGUCUUCUUAGGUGUUAGUGGAGCGAAUGCGAAUGUGCCCAGCUUGUUGAGUUAUAUGCAUAACAACAUCGUGGGUCAGAUGAAGAGAAGCGUUGCUAGUGCGCUAUUGAUUGGAGGCGGAGCCUGUGGAGGUAUUGCAGCAUCGAAUAUCUUUCGACAACAAGAUGCGCCAAAGUACACACCUGCCAUGGCUGUUGUGAUUGCGACUCAAGUUCUGACCAUAGUCCACGUGCUUAAGAACUUUUGGGUGUACUCACGAGCGAAUCGCCAGGCAGAUCGAGGCGAGAGGAUCUUGGAGGGACAAGAGGGCUUCCGACAAACGCUGUAG